AUGGACUUUCUUCAUCAUCCCUACACCCGUGCGGCGCUUCCCUUCGUCAAUGGUGGUCUUGCUGGCAUGACCGCCACCGUUGUCAUUCAGCCCAUUGACAUGAUUAAAGUCCGUCUGCAACUGGCCGGCGAGGGUGUCCGCACUGGCCCUCGUCCCUCGGCUUUUGGCGUCGCUCGCGACAUCAUCGCGUCAGGCAAAGUACUUGACCUUUACACUGGUCUGUCUGCAGGCCUUCUACGUCAAGCUGUAUACACCACCGCCCGUCUGGGUUUCUUCGAUACCUUCAGCAAAGUCCUCAGCAAGCGCGCUGAAGCUGCUAGUCGCAAGGUCACUUUCGCUGAACGCGCGGGGGCCGGGCUGGCUGCUGGUGGUAUUGCAGCCAUGAUUGGCAACCCAGCCGAUUUGGCCCUGGUCCGUAUGCAAUCGGACGGCCUCAAGCCUCCCGCAGCGCGGGCCAACUACCGUUCGGCUCUGGACGCGCUUGUGCGCAUCUCCAAGUCGGAAGGCGUCCCAGCCCUGUGGGCCGGCGCCCUGCCUACAGUCGUGCGCGCGAUGGCUCUCAACGUUGGUCAAUUGACCUUCUUUGCCGAGUCCAAGGCUCAAUUGAAGACCCACACCAGUCUGUCGCCCCAGAGCCAGACCUUUGCCGCCUCUGCGAUCGCCGGGUUCUUCGCCAGCUUCCUCUCUUUGCCAUUUGACUUCAUCAAGACCCGUCUGCAGAAGCAGCAGAAGGACCCCUUGACCGGAAAACUGCCUUACAAGGGCUUGCUGGACUGCGCGCGCAAAGUCGCGCAGGAGGAGGGCUGGUUGCGGUUCUACCGCGGAUUCGGCACUUAUUAUGUGCGGAUCGCUCCUCAUGCCAUGGUUACACUGAUUGUCGCCGAUUAUCUCAACCUCAUCACCAAGUAG